CGCCGGUCGGUCCCGACGCGUUGAGGCGUGCUCGGCGAAGCGAAGUUGCAGUCUGUAAAGAGCAGCAUCUGGUCGCCCCCGGAGCAGUCCGCCGCCAGUUCCCGUCCGCGGGAUGCUGCUGCUAUCAUUGGGCGGCCAGUGGGCGGCCGGGCUGAGGCUUGGCGGGAAGAGGAUGGCAUGGUGGGCGGCUGCCGCGCUCCGAAGGCCCAGUGUGGCGGUCUCGCGAGCGAUCUCCUGCAGCAGGCCCUUGGGGCCGGUCGUCGGCGGGAGCGCGGGGCUGCAAGGAGCCCACCCCCUUCUCCGGCGUCUUGGGCCAGUACAGAUACCUGUUUGUUGGGAUAGGUAUGUUCGAUACUUACAUACACAACCUGACAAAUCAGAAGAUGGAAGGCUGAUUUAUACUGGGAAUCUGGCUCGUGCGGUAUUUGGUGUGAAAUGUUUCUCUUAUUCUACAAGUAUGCUCAGCCUUGCAUUUCUACCAUACAUUUUAGCACAAAAUAAUAUUAUAUCUGGAAAUCUGCCUUUGCAAAUCUUAUUUUAUGGCAUCAUAGGAAGCUUUACAGUGAUCACUCCAGUGCUGCUUCACUUUGUUACAAAAGGCUAUGUUAUUCGGCUAUACCAUGAGGCCACGACGGACACUUACAAAGCCAUUACUUACAGCGUCGUGCUUUCAGAAAAGAGUACGGUAUUUCACCAGAAUGAUGUGAAGAUUCCAGACAGCACACAUCUUUUUACCACAUUUUAUGCUAAAACAAAAUCAUUGUUAGUUAAUCCAGGGCUGUUUCCAAACCCUGAAGACUAUAACCAUCUAAUGGGUUAUGACAAACCAUUCACUUUUGACACAGAAGAAACCAAUGAAAAGAAGCAGUUUGAGGAUGAGAAAUGAGCUUGUUGUUUGUUUUUAUGUUUGUGCUUAAGUGUGAUUUUUGUUUCAUUGUAUGAUAAGAUUGUCUUUACUUUUGUGUUGUUAGUGAUUAUUAAAAAUAAUUUAGAACUAUCAGAUUCUAAUUUUCAGAKAAUGAUGUUCCUUUAUAAUAAAAUAAGCUAUGUUUGUUAAAACAAAGCAGAGUAUCAUUUUUGUUUUAAAAAGUGUGAAUAUUUGUUGGAUAUGGUGGUGCACUCCUGUAAUCCUAGUUACUCUGGAGGCUUAGAUAGAAGGAUCAUAAGUAUAAAGCCAGCCUAGGCAAUUUAGUAACAGAAUGUUUAAAAAGAGAGAGACUGGGGAUAUAGCUCAAUCGUAGACUGUCCCUGGGUCCAGUCCCCAGUAAUGGAGGGAAAAAUGUGAAUAUUUAUGUACCUAUUGAUGUAUACAUGGAUCAUAUGUGGUUGCCUCUAAAUGGGGAAUCAGAUGUCAAAAGCAAUAAGGAGAGAGAUUUUUCUUGUGGUUGGAAUUUUUAAUUAUAUGAAUAUUUUUUU